ACCACCAUGCAUCUCGUCUGAUCGUCUCCUCUCUGUUUCGUUCUAUUUAACACGACACACGAUUCGAACAACACCAACACAAAGAGUCCUCUCUCUCUCUUCUUUCUCUCAAAUAAACCGGGAAAAAUAUAUAAUCGGAACCAGAGAUAGAGAAACAGAGAGAGGAGAAAUCACAGAAAAACCAGAGCAGGAAAAGAUACAAACUACAGAAACGGUGCCCCACCACCCCGACGCCCUUAUUCUCUCUAUCCAAGAUGAAGGCGAGCCAACCAGAACCAGCUUCGUCAUCGAUGCAAUCACCGUCCACCUCUGUUGUCUCCAACCCACCACAACACUCUGCUGCGGUUUCGUCGUCAUCGGAGAAGACGACGGUGUCUGUAUCGAUAACAGCGGCGGAAGAGCCGGUAGGGUCCAGGGAAGGGGGCGGACAAGAAUCGGUAACCGUCGAGCGCCGGGGAGAUCACUCGGCCGUCUGCCGGUGGACGGUCGUCAAUUUCUCCAAGGUGAAAGCUAGGGCACUAUGGAGCCGAUACUUCGAAGUGGGCGGCUACGACUGUCGGCUCCUCGUCUACCCCAAAGGUGACUCCCAAGCCCUUCCCGGUUACUUCUCUAUCUAUCUCCAAAUCAUGGAUCCUCGCGGUUCGUCGUCGUCGAAAUGGGACUGUUUCGCCAGCUACCGCCUCUCCAUCGUUAAUCAUCUCGACGAAUCCAAGUCCAUUCAGAGAGACUCUUGGCAUCGCUUCUCCAGCAAGAAGAAAUCUCACGGCUGGUGCGACUUCACCCCUUCUUCCACAAUUUUGGAUCCCAAGGCCGGGUUCCUCUUCAAUAACGAUUCUGUUCUCAUCACCGCAGAUAUUCUGGUCUUGAAUGAAUCAAUCUCCUUCUCUCGCGAUAACAAUGAGUUACAGUCUUCAUCCUCUUCGUUGUCCUCUGUCGUCAUAACAAGUCCAAUUUCGGAUGUUUUGAGUGGGAAGUUCACUUGGAAGGUGCAUAACUUCAGCUUGUUCAAGGAGAUGAUCAAGACCCAGAAGAUAAUGAGCCCUGUUUUUCCUGCCGGUGAAUGUAACCUUCGGAUUAGCGUUUAUCAAAGCUCAGUCAAUGGGGUAGAGUAUCUAUCGAUGUGCUUGGAGAGUAAGGACACCGAGAAGUCAGUAAUUCCCGACCGGAGUUGCUGGUGUUUGUUUCGAAUGUCGGUACUGAAUCAGAAGCCUGGGCUUAAUCACAUGCACAGGGAUUCUUAUGGCCGGUUUGCAGCUGACAACAAGAGUGGGGAUAAUACUAGUCUCGGGUGGAAUGAUUAUAUGAAGAUGGCGGAUUUUAUUGGGUCGGAGACGGGGUUUCUUGUUGAUGAUACUGCUGUUUUCAGUGCCUCUUUCCAUGUGAUUAAGGAGCUCAGUAGCUUCUCCAAGAAUGGGGGAUUGCUUGGCGGGAGGAGUACCGGUGGGGCAAGGAAGUCUGAUGGGCAUUCGGGGAAGUUCACUUGGAGGAUUGAAAACUUCACGAGGUUGAAAGAUCUUCUGAAGAAGAGGAAGAUUACAGGACUUUGUGUCAAGAGCAGAAGGUUUCAGAUUGGUAAUCGGGAUUGUCGCCUCAUUGUUUAUCCCAGAGGGCAGUCUCAGCCACCUUGCCACCUUUCUGUAUUUCUUGAAGUUACAGAUUCCCGAAACACUGCCAACGACUGGAGUUGUUUUGUGAGUCAUAGGUUAUCAGUUGUGAAUCAAAGGAUGGAGGAGAAGUCUGUUACAAAGGAGUCACAAAACCGGUACUCCAAAGCUGCAAAGGACUGGGGCUGGCGCGAGUUUAUCACACUUACUAGUCUCUUUGAUCAGGACUCUGGGUUUCUUGUUCAAGAUACUGUCGUGUUCUCAGCAGAGGUUCUUAUCUUGAAGGAAACAUCAAUAAUGCAGGAUUUCACUGAUCAAGACAUGGAGUCAAACAAUGCAGGUUCUCAAAUUGAUGGAGUUGGGAAAAGAGGAUCGUAUACAUGGAAGGUUGAGAAUUUCUUAUCCUUCAAGGAAAUAAUGGAAACCCGCAAAAUAUUUAGCAAAUUCUUUCAAGCUGGUGGAUGUGAACUUCGGAUUGGUGUGUAUGAGUCUUUUGACACUAUAUGUAUAUAUCUGGAGAGUGAUCAAUCAGUUGGAAGUGAUCCAGACAAGAAUUUUUGGGUCAGAUACAGGAUGGCAGUGGUUAAUCAAAAGAACCCUGCAAAAACUGUGUGGAAGGAGUCCUCUAUCUGUACAAAGACAUGGAAUAAUUCUGUUCUCCAAUUCAUGAAGGUUUCUGAUAUGCUGGAACCAGAUGCGGGAUUCCUUGUACGCGAUACAGUUGUUUUUAUCUGCGAGAUCAUUGAUUGUUGUCCUUGGUUUGAGUUUUCAGAUCUGGAGGUUUUGGCUUCUGAAGAUGAUUGUGAUGCUUUGUCAACUGACCCUGAUGAACUUGUUGAUUCUGAAGACAGUGAAGGGAUAAGUGGAGAUGAAGAAGACAUCUUUAGAAACCUUCUUGCCAGAGCUGGAUUUCACCUUACAUAUGGAGAUAAUCCUUCACGGCCACAGGUUACUUUAAGAGAAAAGCUUCUAAUGGAUGCUGGUGCAAUAGCUGGUUUUCUGACUGGACUUCGUGUUUAUCUUGAUGAUCCUGCUAAAGUAAAGCGCUUGCUUCUCCCAACCAAACUGUCAAGUAGUAAUGAUGGGAAGAAGGAGGUCACACGAAGUGGUGAAUCUUCCCCUAGUUUGAUGAAUUUGUUGAUGGGAGUUAAAGUCCUGCAGCAGGCAAUCAUUGACUUACUUUUAGAUAUAAUGGUUGAGUGUUGCCAACCUUCAGAAGGAAGAUCUAGUGAUGAUUCUUCUGAUACAAGCUCAAAGCUUUCCCCUGAUGGCAAUGGAGCUGCAAGUCCAUUGGAACCUGGUGGAGAAAAUGGGGCAACAGAAUCUGUGCAAUCCCCUGUAAAUGAGAGGUUGGACUCUGGGGCAGAAGAAAGUACUAAUACAUAUGCUGUACAAAGCUCAGACAUGAAUACAAAUGAUAUGCCUGAAAAGACAGUUCCUGGACAGCCUAUUUCUCCUCCAGAAACAACUGCAGGGGUUAUCAUGGAUAGUGGUUUCAUCCGAGCUCCUAAGACAAAGUGGCCUGAGCAGUCAGAGGAGCUCUUGGGAUUGAUUGUAAAUUCACUGAGAGCCCUUGAUGGUGCUGUUCCACAAGGAUGUCCAGAGCCUAGGAGAAGGCCUCAAUCUGCACAAAAGAUUGCUCUUGUAUUGGAUAAAGCUCCUAAAUAUCUGCAACCAGACCUUGUUGCUUUGGUACCAAAAUUGGUUGACCAUUCGGAGCAUCCACUUGCUGCUUGUGCACUGCUAGGUCGACUUCAAAAGCCAGAUGCAGAACCUGCACUGCAACUGCCUGUUUUGGGAGCUCUUAGUCAAUUGGAGUUUGGCAGUGAAGUGUGGGAACGUGUUCUAUUUCAAGCUUUUGGAUUAUUGACAGAUUCAAAUGAUGAACCACUUGCAGCAACCAUGAAUUUUAUAUUCAAAGCUGCAUCCCAAUGCCAGCAUCUUCCUCAAGCAGUGAGAGCUAUUCGUUCCCGACUAAAAAGUUUGGGUGCUGAAGUUUCUCCAUGUGUCCUGGAUGUUCUAACGAAAACUGUGAUUAGUUGGGCUGAUGUUGCUGAAGCAAUGUUGAGAGAUAUUGAGACUGACUUUGAGCUCAGUGAAAAUUGCUCAGCAACAGCAACAGCUUGUGGGCUUUACUUGUGUGAUGAAAGUGGACUCACUGCUGAAAAGUUGCAUGCAAUAGAUGAGCAGGUUCGGCAUGCAAGCCAUCAUUUUUCUGACAUUUAUAUUCUAAUAGAGAUGUUAUCCAUUCCUUGCCUUUCUGUUGAGGCAUCCAAAAUCUUUGAAAGAUCCAUAGCUCAAGGAGCCAUUUUGGAUCAUUCAGUAGCCAUGGUCUUGGAAAGGCGACGUAGUCAGAGAUUGAAUGCUAGUUCAGAAUCCGUUGUUCAGAAUUUUCAGCACAAAGACAUGGUAGCAGAGGGAAAAUCUGAUGAGUCAUUGUGGAGCCAAGAUGAUUUUGCUUCAGUACUUGGUCUUUCUGAGACAUUGGCCCUUUCUAGAGAUUCCAGAGUGCAUGGGUUUGUUAGGGUACUAUAUGUUAUAUUGUUUAAAUUGUAUGAUGAUGAAGGUUAUCGUGGGAGGAUGUUGAAAGGGCUUGUUGACCGUGCUACUAGCAGUACAGAUAAUUGCCGUGAAGUAGAUUUAGAUAUGAACAUUUUGGUAUACUUAGUCCAUGAGGAACAAGGAAUUGUUAGGUCAGUUCUGAGCAUGUUGAGGGAGGUUGCUGAACUUGCCAAUGUUGAUCGGGCAGCUCUCUGGCAUCAGUUAUGUGCUAGUGAAGGUGAAAAUAUUCGUCUUCGUGAAGAAAGGCAAGCUGAACUUUCCAAUAUGGUUAGAGAGAAAGCAAUUCUGUCACAGAGGUUAAGUGAAUCUGAGGCCACUAAUAGCCGUCUUAAGGCUGAAUUGAAGGCUGAAAUGGACCGCUUUACACGGGAAAAGAAGGACCUUUCUGAACAGAUACAAGAUGUUGAGAGUCAACUCGAAUGGCUUCGUGCUGAACGAGAUGAUGAAAUUGCAAAGCUCUCAACUGAGAAAAAAAAUCUUCAGGAUCGUCUUCAUGAGGCAGAGACACAACUUUCACAGCUAAAGUCCCGGAAACGUGAUGAACUGAAGAGAGUAGUGAAGGAGAAAAAUGCCCUUGCUGAAAGGCUAAAGAGUGCGGAAGCUGCACGGAAAAGAUUUGAUGAAGAACUGAAACGUUAUGCCAUGGAAACUGUUACUAGAGAGGAAGUGCAGCAGUCACUUGAAGAUGAAGUCCGACGGUUGACACAAACAGUUGGCCAAACUGAAGGAGAAAAGAGGGAGAAGGAAGAGCAGGUUGCUCGAUGUGAAGCGUACAUUGAUGGGAUGGAAGCAAAAUUGCAAACCUGCCAGCAAUAUAUCCAUACUCUUGAGGCUUCACUACAGGAGGAAAUGUCAAGACACGCCCCUCUCUAUGGUGCUGGCUUGGAAGCUUUGUCAUUAAAGGAAUUGGAGACACUAUCUCGUAUCCAUGAGGAGGGGCUCAGGCAGAUCCAUUCACUCCAACAGCGGAAAGGGAAUGCUGGUGGCAGCCCUCUUAUGAGCCCCCACACCCUGCCCCUUUCCCAUGGAAUGUACCCUACAGCCCCACCUCCCAUGGCUAUUGGACUGCCUCCUCCACUCGUUCCAAAUGGUGUUGGGAUCCACAGUAAUGGGCAUGUGAAUGGUGCAGUUGGACCCUGGUUCAACCCUAGCUAAAUUAAGGGGCAGAGUCUCUUGUAAUUCUUUACUAGUGAUGAUGUUUCUCAUUCAUCUGGCUGGCCUUCUGUUUUAACAGUUAGAGCUCAGUAAAAUUUCAAUACAAAGGGUUUUGUCUUAUAAUUUUUCAUUCCGGUUUUUCC